CUCGGCGACUCCCUCUCGCUUCUCCUUCUUCUCCCUCUCCUCCCUCCGCUGCACGGGCACACAGAGAGCGAGACAGAGACCAGCAACACACACAGAGAGACACACGGAGGGAGAUACGUUUUGAGUGUCUACAAGAAGAGAGACACAGCGCACAGAGACCAGCAACACGCACGCACGCACGCACACACGUGUGCGUGUUAUCUAGGGCUGUAGUUGGACACACACACACAUCACACGUCCACCACGCACUCGUGGACGGUUCCAGCGAGCUGCAGUCGGGGGGCGAAUCGGAAUCUGCUCGGCAAAGGGAUCUGCGGAGUGUAACGAGUUUGUGGCGGAGUUUGCCGCUGCUGUUGUUGUUGUUGCUGUUCGCAACCCAACAAAGCGUCGACCAUGAACCCUCCGUGUGCCCGCUGCAGCAAGACGGUCUACCCCAUCGAGAAGCUCAGCUGCCUGGACAAGGUCUGGCACAAGGCUUGCUUCCACUGUGAAGUCUGCAAGAUGGCCCUCAACAUGAAAAACUACAAGGGCUACGACAAGAGGCCUUACUGUAACAUGCACUACCCUAAGCAGUCGUUCACCUCCGUGGCCGACACGCCAGAGAACCUGCGCCUCAAGCAGCAGAGCGAGCUGCAGAGUCAGGUCAAGUACAAGGAGGAGUUUGAGAAGGCCAAGGGCAGGGCCUGCAGCCAAGUGUCGGACACGCCAGAGAUGAUGCGCAUCCGCAAGGCACAGGACCAGAUCAGCGAUGCCAAGUACCAUGAGGAGUUUGAGAAGAACAAGGGCAAGGGUUACGCGCCCGUCACGGACAACGUCACCAUGGAGCAACAGCGACGCAGCAUGCACGAGGUCGGCAGCGACGCCGCUGCCGCCUACAGCCGCGGCAGCACCCGCUACUCGGCCGACGAGGGCGGCAUGUACGCGCAGCAACAGCAGCAGCAGCAGCAUGGGUACCAAGGUGGCGGAGUGCACACCUCGGGUGGUCCCCAGCAUGGGCAGGGCUACGUAUCCUCCGCCGCCUCCUCGCAGCAGCGACCCGUCUCCCAGACCCCCAGAGCCACGAGGCCGUACCGUGCCGUGUACGACUACGCGGCGGCGGACGACGACGAGGUGUCGUUCCUGGACGGCGACGUCAUCGAGAACGUGAAGCAGAUUGACGAGGGUUGGAUGUAUGGCACAGUGCAGAGGACUGGCCAGACGGGCAUGCUGCCCGCCAACUACCUCCAGCCGCUGUGAGGAGGCGAGCCCGUUUUUGCCAGCGAAGGGCGCGCCGUGCUUCGACCCACCAACACCGAGUUCCACUGAGAAUCGUUUAACUCCUCUGACGGCAAUACUCGCACCACGGCACCACACCGCUUCUAAACACCGCCGCUGUACCUUGCGUCAUUACACGUCUAAUGUCGCGACCACUGCUGCUCAUGUAGCGCCAACGUUUCACCACCAACACCUCAAUAACCACCACCGACCACCACAUCGUUACCACUGCGUUGCCAACAACACCACCGCCAUCGCUGCACUCUCAGCACAACACGAGCAUGUCGACAGAGUCUCUCCAAAAGCGUCGUUACAGUCUAAUGUCGCGGCCACUGCUGCUUGUAACACCAUCGUUGCAACACCCUAACCACCACCAACAACAUCAUUACCACUACGUUCCCAACUCCGCCCAUCGCUCUACUCUCAGCACAACACUAGCAGAUCGACUGAGUCUCCAGAACGCCAACCCUCGAACACGAGUCCCUGCUCUAUGUUACUGUGAGGCCGGGGGGUCGGUGGGGUGGGGGGGGUGCUGAAUUGAAAUGCAUCGUCGCAAUUUUUUUUAUAUUUACAAAUUUUUUGUAAAUUUGCAGACCAAUGAAUGGUUGAUGUCUUUUUUUUCUAUCUCGGCGCAGUUUCUAGAAUGACGCAAAAAAAUAAUAUUCUGUGAUGCAUUUAUCUUCGCUCUCUCGGUGCGUUGAGGCAAGUUGGGAGCCUGCGUCCCAUUGGCAGCGCUGGCUUCAAACAAUUGACACUCAACGCACGAAUUGCUUUAAAAUAAUAAUUAUUAAAGAGCAUUAAGAGCCAGGGCCAACUACAGCAACAACAUGAUUCCUUAUUGUCUCCAAUUACUUUAAUAUAGUUUACGCUGUAAUCUUUAAAAAUAUAUAAACACUUACCAACGUUAUUUUAUUUUCAUACUCGUAGUUUCCAAGUUGAUUUACAAAGUUGCAUUUAACAUAUUAAGACUGACGUAGAUUUUCUUUUUUCCCCCCAGCCUUUAAUAAAAAAUAAACUUAAAAUAGCAAUUUGUUGUUAUAUAUAUUAGAAAACAAUGUUACAGCAAAAGCUCUAUUAUCUGGCAUUCAUGGGCAAUGUAGGGUGCUGGUUCAUCAAAUAUACCUGUUUAUCUGAGAUUUAUACUCACGGUUCACCACAUUUUCCAAGUACAUUAAACUUUAAAAGAAAGAAACCAAGUCCUAAUUUUAACGAUGAUGUAAGACACAAUAUACUCAAUUUACAGAGGUACUCGCCCUGUCAGCUGUAGAGCAUUCUAAGUUGAUUGUAGAGAAGCAGAGGGGCAGUUUAAAGCACAGUGGUAGAGUACUGUAUGUCGCUAGCACCACCACUCGGCAGCAUCCUGAAUCUUCCGUAAACAACAACGGAUCUACGAUAAGUGCACGCAUGGCAAGAUGCCAGAUGGUUGUUGGAUUUUUUCCAUAGAUUUAUAUUUCCGUCUGUGACAGAUGCCGGUUUAUAGAGCAUUCCGGACGGUGAAGUGGCAGAUAACAGAGAUGUUGCUCUAUACUUAACAAUGGACUGUUAAUUGGCCUUAUCAACGUGCAUGGUUGGUAAUUGUGAUGAUUUGGCAGGGUCAGAGGCCGUGCCGGUGUGAGAUUCUCCACUGGCUCAAACUCGCAAACUCCCACCGUGCUUUGAUUCGCCACUGGUUUUUUUUCUUUCGGUUUGGCCACACGUGUAGUAGUAAUGAUCUGGCCAAAAUGCGUGUCGCGAGGCCCUCCGUCACCCGACACGACCAAAACAAAUACAUUCAUCGCACGGUGUACAAGCAUUUGUUGUGCCACACCAGUCGGUUGAAAAACAAAACGCAAACGCCUUCCGUGCAAGUAAAUAGAUGAGAGAUGAAUUUAGCUUCAUUUUGUUGAGUUGUUUGUAAUUUUUCUUAUUUGCCAGUCAGUUGAUAAAACAUGCUUAUUUUUAGAUUUACUACAUUUAUUUCUGAAACAUUCCAUUGCAGUCAGACAGGCUUCGUCUGACCAAGUCCAUCGCAUAUGCGGACUCACAUGCAGACGUGGGGAAGCGCGCCUCUCCCCCUGGUGGUUUUAACCAGCGGUAGAAAUUCCACAUUUCUAUGGUGGGGACCAGUUUCUCCGGAAGACAUCCGCUGCUCACUUUCCACAAGGGAUUAACUUUCUCUUAUCCAACCUGGAGGGAUGAUGUACCGAAUCGAUCCCUGAGAUCUGAUCCUUCUGCUUGCUUGCCCAAUGCUCUAACCGGCGUUGCACAACCUGGACGGAUGUCUAAACGUUCCUACGGGGGGGGGGAGGCCUUCGUCCGGCCGUGGAUUGCCAAAGGGCUCUACUCUUAUUUAUUAAUAUUAAUUAGACUCGCACACACUGUGUUUUGAGUUUAAUGCCAACAAGUGAGUGUGGCCUAUGUUGCGGCGGACGCAAACAGUUGUGGGUAACAAAGCAGCUGUCUUGGUGCUCGGUCCUGGGACACAAACUCUCUCCGUGUUCGUUGCUGGCAGUUAUGGCUUUUUGGGCUUGAUUUGAAAGAAAAAAACCACGACGAUUCUGCGCCUCUCUCACGCCGGUUCGAUGACUCGUCUCAUCUUGAUGAAUUUGUUGUUGUUGACAUUUUUAAAUGUGUAGCGCCUUGAGUGGGCUGCAGGGUUCACACGAAGGAAUUGCACGCAGCGUCUGUGAAUAGAAAAAAAACAAUGGAUUUUUCAGCACAGGCAGAUCGACGCGUGCAUCGCGAGGGCAAGAAUCUUGUUUUUCGACUACGAUGUGUCGUUUGCUCAUGGAACACGGGCGUCCCUUUAGAUUCACGUACAGCUCUGGGAGUCUAAUCACGCAGUUUCGUACAGCUUUCUGCAUGUGUGCCUACCACUCCUACCAGUUACACGUAGUUGCUCCCCCAACUCCACAGUGCCGUUUUAGAAAACUUUACGUCGAGCAUUAUUGGGUAACCGCAUUUGCAAGUGCGCAACGGUUGCUGAGAAAACAAAAAAAGGUUACGUGCGAGUCAUCCGUGAAGUUAGGAGGCAAGUUUGGCUGCAGCGAUGAUGUGUUUUGGAUAAAAAAAAAAUACAUGUUUAUCUUGCCAGGACUCAGGAUGACGGAAGGUCACGUGUUCAAUUUGCUGAACAGGCGAGAAGCCAUUCAUUUGGCUUUCACACAAAGCAGAAAAAACUCGCUUAUUCGCAAUUACAGUUUUACCAUACCAAAUUUUAACCCAACUGGUGCCUGAGAUGCGCAUGCCGAACAACAUUCCAUCGGCUGCGUAAAUGUCACCCCUUGCUGCGUGAGACGAAACGUUUGCUGAGAAAAAAAACCCAGACGUUUUAACAAAAAGUAGUAUUUCUCACUCAACACAUUUUUUAAAAAAAUCUUUGCUUAUAUUAAAUAGUAACGAAUGAAAUGGUAAGAAAUAUAUAUUUACAUUCCUGAAUUAUAAACUUUUGACUCUUUAUUUGCAAUGCGUAGCUCUUAGUUGUACUGCCAUAUUCCGCGAUUUAGCAUUCAGGGCUCGGGACGUGAUGGGGAACUUUGUGAUGAAUUUCGACCAACUCUUCAGGGUUCCAAAUCUCCAGACACACCAGGUGUGACCAGAUGUGACCCUUUCCUGCAAGAUAGUCCCACGGGCCACGGCGCAAAAAAUCUGCACCACCUCUACGAUAGUGUAAAUUUUAUUUGCUCGAUAAACCCCCACUCGUUCCAAAUAGUUACCACAUAAUUCACUGCUAUUAGCCAACGUAGAGAAAUUGAAGACGAAAAAGUGAUGCCACCUGGAAGGUGGUACCGACGUGUCAGAUAUCCGUUCUCGGCUUGUAGACCAAGUGAUGCCAACUGCGGAGGUCUCUUGACUUGUACCGCCUCUUCACCGCUUGGCAAGGCUUAAGAUUAAUAACCUGCGUCUCAUGGCAUAAUCGAUAUGCUUGGUCCACCUUCACGAUAUCAGUUGUCCAUCAAAGCUAAAGCUGUCGUACAUUAAGCCACCAGUCGUCGUUUCUGUCACGGGCAUCACAGGCAUUCAAGUCUUCGGGUCCCGCGGUGGCGAGAUGUUAACUACCUCGCCUGGUAUGCAGGAGGUUGUGGGUCCGAUCCCAAGCCUGACGCCUGCUGCUGCUGUAUAUUUGGAGUUUGCGUGUUCUCCCCGUGGCCGUGUGGAUUUUUCUUCGGGUCCUCUGGUUUUCCCCUCCACAUUUAGAAACAUGCGUUUAGCAUAUUUGGCUGAUAUACAUUUCCACAUGAUAAGCCACUUCGUUGAGCUAUCAUUGAUGGCCAGGUCGCUUCUGUUAAAAAGAGCUCUAUAGCUCACUGGGCCUUGGUGAAAUAAAAACUAGUUUGACUUUUGAUAACCUUAUGUUAUAUUCUUUCUGUUCUAAACGCACGUCGUUCCAAUAUUGAACGAGCUUUAGCCGACACGUUUAGCAAUCUGUGCGAGGUUGUGAGCCUGUGUUGGCAGCAAAGCUGUUUCCGCUGAUAUUCAUCAGAGAAGUGGCCACAAUCGCCACCGUUUGUAGUAAAUUUGGGCCGGUUUUUUCUGUUUUAAAUUGGCGGAAAUGUGCCUUUCCUCCAUCAUAUGAAUCCGCCUCCGAUUUCCCGAAACGUACAAUAUGACCACGAACUGGUGUAAAUUGUUCACCCAAGCCUACAUAGACAACAGCCCACGAGGCCUAAGAUGUUUAAUAAUAUAUACAUGUCUUCACAAUUACUGCUAGAUCACGUAACUCAUUGAGGCACUGAUAAAUUGGAGCCAUUGAUUGCCGAAGGCUACUUACGUUAGUGAUCCAUAUGUGGGAGGACAGAAAGACCCAGUCCAAGUUAAAAAAAAACAUUAUUGCAGCAUUGUUUGGAAUUAAGACGGGAAGUACUUUGUAUUUCAACGUCAGUUGUGGAACCCGGUGACCUUUAUCAGAUAAUACAACAAAAACGCAGGACCGGAUCUCUCUGUUCUCUAAACCUGGAGCACUGUCGUUGCCACCACCCCACGCCUUCAGCAGGACAGCUUUGCCUGUUACUAAAUCGCCUAAAUGCACCAAGUAUCAUCAGAUGCGUGAAGCUAAACAAGGCUCUGCCUGGAAGCUGCCUUAAUUACACUCGGUGUUCGUAUGCGCGAGCUGCGAGAUGUACAAGAGAUGGCAGUGCAGCAGAGGAUUCUAGAAUCUUCCCCUGCUGAGCUUUGACGAUGAUCCUCGCUUGAGGUGUGGUCCGGUGGAUUUCCUGCGGGUUCUCCGGUUUCCUCCCACGUGAAGCCAAACGCAAGUACGUGGAAUUGGCCAAACAUUCCAAAUGCAAAGCCUCGAUGCAUUCCUCGGAGUGUAAAGGACACAAAUCGGUCCGCGGGUUUCGGUUCCAGAGCAAAAAUGAAACGGCAACUCUGCUCGCCAGCUCGCCGUAGCACGUGGCGAUAUUGUGCUGCCCAUCGACACUGCAGCGCAUUCAUCUUGCGCCACCAGAGGCAGCAAACAUUUCCAGUGGUGACAUUUCCCCUUGCGUGGUCGCGUGAGAGUAAAUCGUGUGGCCAGCAUUCUCAUUCUUAGGUUUUUUCGGUAAAGUCACGUAGGUAAAAAACAUUAAACAGUAAAAUAAAAUAAAAAUCACGACGUUUCGGAGGCAACACAAGCUUCCGUCUUCAGGUGGUACCGUCACAGCCACGACAGCUGUAUCAACUAAACGGAGUGGUAGCUUCUGCAAUCUCUCAUUUACUUGAUACAGCUGUCGUGGCCGUGACGGUACCACCUGAAGACGGAAGCUUGUGUUGCCUCCGAAACGUCGUGAUUUUUAUUUUAUUUUACUUUUUAAUGUUUUUAACCUACGUGACUUUACCGAAAAAACCUAAGAAUAUGAAUCAUUGCAGUCACGAAAGCUUCAAAUCUAGAGCCAGCAUUCUCGUUUCGAAAAGGAAGUCGCGUAAUUUUAUUUUAUUUCCCCGUGUAAAACCAAGGCGUUGCAUUGCAGCAGCGCAUCGAUCAAGGCGGGUGAAGACGGUAAGGAAAUCGCCAGAGGUGGGACAGUCAUUGUUAUGCAAGUCCAAGUCGAGUCUGAAGUCAUCAAAUUCAUGACUUGAGUCUGACUCGAGUCCAAGUCACAUGACUCGAGUCCACACCUCAGAGGUGGGACAAAGUCAUUGUUAUGCAAGUCCAAGUCGAGUCUGAAGUCAUCAAAUUCAUGACUCGAGUCUGACUCGAGUCCAAGUCACAUGACUCGAGUCCACACCUCAGAGGUGGGACAAAGUCAUUGUUAUGCAAGUCCAAGUCGAGUCUGAAGUCAUCAAAUUCAUGACUUGAGUCUGACUCGAGUCCAAGUCACAUGACUCGAGUCCACACCUCAGAGGUGGGACAAAGUCAUUGUUAUGCAAGUCCAAGUCGAGUCUGAAGUCAUCAAAUUCAUGACUCGAGUCUGACUCGAGUCCAAGUCACAUGACUCGAGUCCACACCUCAGAGGUGGGACAAAGUCAUUGUUAUGCAAGUCCAAGUCGAGUCUGAAGUCAUCAAAUUCAUGACUCGAGUCUGACUCGAGUCCAAGUCACAUGACUCGAGUCCACACCUCAGAGGUGGGACAAAGUCAUUGUUAUGCAAGUCCAAGUCGAGUCUGAAGUCAUCAAAUUCAUGACUCGAGUCUGACUCGAGUCCAAGUCACAUGACUCGAGUCCACACCUCAGAGGUGGGACAAAGUCAUUGUUAUGCAAGUCCAAGUCGAGUCUGAAGUCAUCAAAUUCAUGACUCGAGUCUGACUCGAGUCCAAGUCACAUGACUCGAGUCCACACCUCAGAGGUGGGACAAAGUCAUUGUUAUGCAAGUCCAAGUCGAGUCUGAAGUCAUCAAAUUCAUGACUCGAGUCUGACUCGAGUCCAAGUCACAUGACUCGAGUCCACACCUCAAAGGUGGGACAAAGUCAUUGUUAUGCAACUCCAAGUCGAGUCUGAAGUCAUCAAAUUCAUGACUCGAGUCUGACUCGAGUCCAAGUCACAUGACUCGAGUCCACACCUCAGAGGUGGGACAAAGUCAUUGUUAUGCAAGUCCAAGUCGAGUCUGAAGUCAUCAAAUUCAUGACUCGAGUCUGACUCGAGUCCAAGUCACAUGACUCGAGUCCACACCUCAGAGGUGGGACAAAGUCAUUGUUAUGCAAGUCCAAGUCGAGUCUGAAGUCAUCAAAUUCAUGACUCGAGUCUGACUCGAGUCCAAGUCACAUGACUCGAGUCCACACCUCAGAGGUGGGACAAAGUCAUUGUUAUGCAAGUCCAAGUCGAGUCUGAAGUCAUCAAAUUCAUGACUCGAGUCUGACUCGAGUCCAAGUCACAUGACUCGAGUCCACACCUCAGAGGUGGGACAAAGUCAUUGUUAUGCAAGUCCAAGUCGAGUCUGAAGUCAUCAAAUUCAUGACUCGAGUCUGACUCGAGUCCAAGUCACAUGACUCGAGUCCACACCUCAGAGGUGGGACAAAGUCAUUGUUAUGCAAGUCCAAGUCGAGUCUGAAGUCAUCAAAUUCAUGACUCGAGUCUGACUCGAGUCCAAGUCACAUGACUCGAGUCCACACCUCAGAGGUGGGACAAAGUCAUUGUUAUGCAAGUCCAAGUCGAGUCUGAAGUCAUCAAAUUCAUGACUCGAGUCUGACUCGAGUCCAAGUCACAUGACUCGAGUCCACACCUCAGAGGUGGGACAAAGUCAUUGUUAUGCAAGUCCAAGUCGAGUCUGAAGUCAUCAAAUUCAUGACUCGAGUCUGACUCGAGUCCAAGUCACAUGACUCGAGUCCACACCUCAGAGGUGGGACAAAGUCAUUGUUAUGCAAGUCCAAGUCGAGUCUGAAGUCAUCAAAUUCAUGACUCGAGUCUGACUCGAGUCCAAGUCACAUGACUCGAGUCCACACCUCAGAGGUGGGACAAAGUCAUUGUUAUGCAAGUCCAAGUCGAGUCUGAAGUCAUCAAAUUCAUGACUCGAGUCUGACUCGAGUCCAAGUCACAUGACUCGAGUCCACACCUCAGAGGUGGGACAAAGUCAUUGUUAUGCAAGUCCAAGUCGAGUCUGAAGUCAUCAAAUUCAUGACUCGAGUCUGACUCGAGUCCAAGUCACAUGACUCGAGUCCACACCUCAGAGGUGGGACAAAGUCAUUGUUAUGCAAGUCCAAGUCGAGUCUGAAGUCAUCAAAUUCAUGACUCGAGUCUGACUCGAGUCCAAGUCACAUGACUCGAGUCCACACCUCAGAGGUGGGACAAAGUCAUUGUUAUGCAAGUCCAAGUCGAGUCUGAAGUCAUCAAAUUCAUGACUCGAGUCUGACUCGAGUCCAAGUCACAUGACUCGAGUCCACACCUCAGAGGUGGGACAAAGUCAUUGUUAUGCAAGUCCAAGUCGAGUCUGAAGUCAUCAAAUUCAUGACUCGAGUCUGACUCGAGUCCAAGUCACAUGACUCGAGUCCACACCUCAAAGGUGGGACAAAGUCAUUGUUAUGCAACUCCAAGUCGAGUCUGAAGUCAUCAAAUUCAUGACUCGAGUCUGACUCGAGUCCAAGUCACAUGACUCGAGUCCACACCUCAGAGGUGGGACAAAGUCAUUGUUAUGCAACUCCAAGUCGAGUCUGAAGUCAUCAAAUUCAUGACUCGAGUCUGACUCGAGUCCAAGUCACAUGACUCGAGUCCACACCUCAGAGGUGGGACAAAGUCAUUGUUAUGCAAGUCCAAGUCGAGUCUGAAGUCAUCAAAUUCAUGACUCGAGUCUGACUCGAGUCCAAGUCACAUGACUCGAGUCCACACCUCAGAGGUGGGACAAAGUCAUUGUUAUGCAAGUCCAAGUCGAGUCUGAAGUCAUCAAAUUCAUGACUCGAGUCUGACUCGAGUCCAAGUCACAUGACUCGAGUCCACACCUCAGAGGUGGGACAAAGUCAUUGUUAUGCAAGUCCAAGUCGAGUCUGAAGUCAUCAAAUUCAUGACUCGAGUCUGACUCGAGUCCAAGUCACAUGACUCGAGUCCACACCUCAGAGGUGGGACAAAGUCAUUGUUAUGCAAGUCCAAGUCGAGUCUGAAGUCAUCAAAUUCAUGACUCGAGUCUGACUCGAGUCCAAGUCACAUGACUCGAGUCCACACCUCAGAGGUGGGACAAAGUCAUUGUUAUGCAAGUCCAAGUCGAGUCUGAAGUCAUCAAAUUCAUGACUCGAGUCUGACUCGAGUCCAAGUCACAUGACUCGAGUCCACACCUCAGAGGUGGGACAAAGUCAUUGUUAUGCAAGUCCAAGUCGAGUCUGAAGUCAUCAAAUUCAUGACUCGAGUCUGACUCGAGUCCAAGUCACAUGACUCGAGUCCACACCUCAGAGGUGGGACAAAGUCAUUGUUAUGCAAGUCCAAGUCGAGUCUGAAGUCAUCAAAUUCAUGACUCGAGUCUGACUCGAGUCCAAGUCACAUGACUCGAGUCCACACCUCAGAGGUGGGACAAAGUCAUUGUUAUGCAAGUCCAAGUCGAGUCUGAAGUCAUCAAAUUCAUGACUCGAGUCUGACUCGAGUCCAAGUCACAUGACUCGAGUCCACACCUCAGAGGUGGGACAAAGUCAUUGUUAUGCAAGUCCAAGUCGAGUCUGAAGUCAUCAAAUUCAUGACUCGAGUCUGACUCGAGUCCAAGUCACAUGACUCGAGUCCACACCUCAGAGGUGGGACAAAGUCAUUGUUAUGCAAGUCCAAGUCGAGUCUGAAGUCAUCAAAUUCAUGACUCGAGUCUGACUCGAGUCCAAGUCACAUGACUCGAGUCCACACCUCAGAGGUGGGACAAAGUCAUUGUUAUGCAAGUCCAAGUCGAGUCUGAAGUCAUCAAAUUCAUGACUCGAGUCUGACUCGAGUCCAAGUCACAUGACUCGAGUCCACACCUCAAAGGUGGGACAAAGUUAUUGUUAUGCAAGUCCAAGUCGAGUCUGAAGUCAUCAAAUUCAUGACUCGAGUCUGACUCGAGUCCAAGUCACAUGACUCGAGUCCACACCUCAGAGGUGGGACAAAGUCAUUGUUAUGCAAGUCCAAGUCGAGUCUGAAGUCAUCAAAUUCAUGACUCGAGUCUGACUCGAGUCCAAGUCACAUGACUCGAGUCCACACCUCAGAGGUGGGACAAAGUCAUUGUUAUGCAAGUCCAAGUCGAGUCUGAAGUCAUCAAAUUCAUGACUCGAGUCUGACUCGAGUCCAAGUCACAUGACUCGAGUCCACACCUCAGAGGUGGGACAAAGUCAUUGUUAUGCAAGUCCAAGUCGAGUCUGAAGUCAUCAAAUUCAUGACUCGAGUCUGACUCGAGUCCAAGUCACAUGACUCGAGUCCACACCUCAGAGGUGGGACAAAGUCAUUGUUAUGCAAGUCCAAGUCGAGUCUGAAGUCAUCAAAUUCAUGACUCGAGUCUGACUCGAGUCCAAGUCACAUGACUCGAGUCCACACCUCAGAGGUGGGACAAAGUCAUUGUUAUGCAAGUCCAAGUCGAGUCUGAAGUCAUCAAAUUCAUGACUCGAGUCUGACUCGAGUCCAAGUCACAUGACUCGAGUCCACACCUCAGAGGUGGGACAAAGUCAUUGUUAUGCAAGUCCAAGUCGAGUCUGAAGUCAUCAAAUUCAUGACUCGAGUCUGACUCGAGUCCAAGUCACAUGACUCGAGUCCACACCUCUGGAAAUCGCUGCCACGGAGUUUCUGACGCACAAGCGUGGGCAAGUGAAAUGUCUGGUGGAGGGCCCGUGAAUUUGUUUGGACGGUGGCACUGAAUAUUGCCUGUUCAGGGAAGUGAGUGGAAUUGUGAAAAGUGCUCUCUAACCCCGACUUGAAUACACUUCUGUCUUAAGAAUCGAGGUUCUUUUAGUGGCCAUACAGAGCCAUUGUUAUAUUGAUGAUGGUCCUGUGCUGGUUUUACACAGACACACAUUUCCAUACUCGUAAUUGUUGAAGUGAUGCAUAUUUGCAAGGGAAUGUAAUAUUUGCUUUCAGCUUAAUAAACAUUACAAUGUAUAACCCA